CCGCGCGAGAUUGUUUACAAGCGCGCGCGCUCCGAGAACUCUCCGCGUAUAUGCGCGGUAUAUACGGCGGCGUGUGUAAAUAAAUCGCGCGGCAUAGCGUCGAGCAGCGUCCGAGAGUAGCAGCCAACGGCCGUGAUCGCAGUCGCCCCGUGGAAUUUCCCGCGAGGGAUGUGCGCGUCGCGACGCGUACCCUCUAGUAACCAUCGUCGUCGCGACGCGAUAGCGGGGCCCGUCACCACCGCCGCCGCCGCCGCCGCCUCCGCCACGGCGUAAUAGCGUGUGUACGCACCGUGACCCACUUGUUGCGUCUAGGUUAUGGCGUUAUAAACAAAAAUAUGCUGCGCACAACAGACGCGUCCGUGAGUCCGUCGUGAGCUCGAGAAGCCACGAGCGAGAGAGCUUAGCCCGGGGCAUGGAGGCGGACCCGGGUCUGAGCCUGUUCCAGGGCUCGGAAAGCAUACUACAACUGAACGCGGUGACGCAGGGACUCGAGGAGGACGAGGAGCAGGAGGAUAAGAGACGACUCAACGAGGAGAUUCAGGAUUGUCUGGACAAGGAGUUCAAUGAUUUUGAAAAUGAUGAUUCCAUUAAUAGUAGUCAAGAUGACGACACCAGAGACACCGACCAUAUCGAUGCAAUGGUCAAUUCUAAUCUGGAAUCGAUGACACCCACCAAAGGUCAGGUGCCGCAUCUACAGAGGGAAUUUGAUGUUUACCGGUUGGAGAAUAUGAACAAUUAUGAUCGCGUGGAUCUGAACAGUUAUGAUCACGAUGUGGUAACAAAUCAUAGAUCCGAUUCCGAAACUGGUGAUGGAACCACGCAGUCCGACAUUGACAGACAAACGGGAACGCCAUAUGGUAACAAUAGAUUCAACGACAGUAACAAUAUAUUGAAGACGCCGUGCGAAUUGGCAAAAUUGCCGACCGGAUAUCCUCGCAAGAUGCAUCCGCAGUUGGUCGCAUCGGAGGAGCACACGUUCAGCGAAAAUUAUUCUUGCAAUUAUGAGACGCCAUCCAAUCACUACAAUACUCACAUACCCCAAUACUCCAAUAACGGUAUUAAUAACACAUAUGAAAAUAAUGUACAAAGUAAGCAGAUUCAUGAGUUCGGCGGGGGUGACAACGCUACCUCGGAUCACAUGAAUCAUUGUUAUAAGACUAGUCCGAAUGGCAGGCCAAUACACGACGAUGUAGCAUACAAAGCGGAGUCCAAGAUAAAACAAUUGGAAGUAAUAUGUAUGGUCCGAACGAAGGACGUCGAGCGCUUGACAGAAGAGCUGAAUCAAUUGCAGCUGGAAAAAGACAAUGAGAUAAGUGAAAUGAACAGGCAAUUGACGCUGCUACAGGUAGAAGUUAAUAAUACCAACAUAUCGAGGAAUCAAGCGCAAGAGGCAUUGAUUGAUGCUAAGGCCCAGAUAGCGAGUCUGAAGAUACAAAUGCAAUCUUUGGAAGAACAAAAUGCAGUUUUGCAAAAAACAAAUCAAAACAUAACGGAAGAACUAAAUAUCGCGAGGGGCUCUGUAAUGGAUUUGCAGCAGAAGAUUACUGCACUGGAAAGAACACAGGUGUUACAAACAAAUGACAAGAUACAUGAGAAGUUUUUGAAACAGGCUCAGGAAAAGCAUGCGGUUGAAAUGAAAAAUAUGCAGACGCAGAUAGAUGUUCUUACGGACAAGUUAAAUGCUAAGCUGCUCAGUAAGGACACCGACAACAAUAGUAUUUGGGAGAUAUCAUGUGUUAAUCUUGAACAUAAAUUGGAUGAUGCACGAAGAGCACACGAGAUUCUCAUGGUGGAAAAAGGUGACACCAUGAAUCGAUUAACGCAAGCGUUACAAGACAGUCAAACUCAAUGUCGCAAUCUCAUGGCCACUAAUAACGCUCAACAGGUGAUGCAGUUGCAAGCGCAAGUGAAAAUGUUAAGUCAGGAAAAGGAAGAUCUGCAUAAAAAUGUACAAGAGCUACAGAACAAACUGGAGCUAGCUAAAAGCGACGUAGCGCAGUACGAUUCGUUAUUGGCUACUACUUUGGAAGAUGAAUCUGACUCAAUUAGACAAAUGAAAUUAGGUGAACUGUAUAAUAAAUCAAAAUCGAAACCUGUUGAUGAUAUUACAAACAAAUUGAGAGGUGAACUACAUAGAUGUAUAGCUGGUCAAGCUGUAAAAAGAAAAGAAAUAAAUCGUUUAGAGAAUACCUUGUCACAGAAAGAAAAAGAAUUAAAUAAAGCUCUGAUGUCGGUUGAUACGUACCGCCAGGAAACGGCAAAGUAUGCCAAGCGAGUUAACGAAUUGGAGCAAGAAUUGAAAUCUGUGUUAACAGAUGAAGCCGUGAAAGCAAAUAAUAAGAUACAAAAACUCUCUGAUCAUUUAAAUGAUGUGAAAAAACAGUAUGAAUUAGUGUGCGAUAAGAAUAUUAGUUUGGAACAAAAAUUGGAGGAGGCUUUAACCGUUAAUCAGGAGAAAUUUACAAGAAUGCUUCAGGAAACUAUGGAGCAACAAGAAAAAGAAGCUAUCAAUGAGUAUAACAAAGAGUACCUAGAGAUACACGCUAAAGCUGUAGAAAGAGUGAAGCAAGACUCACAAAUGGAAAUAGUACAAUUGACUGUACAAUUAGAGCAAACGCAAAAAGAGUUAGAUCGAGUCAAAGAAUUGUAUAUAGAUGUCUGCGGUACAAAAGAACAAUUAAUAAACGAACAUAAAAACGAAAUUAAAAUGUUAAAAAAUAAGUACAGUGCAGUGGAAUCGCAUCAGAAAGAUGUAGAGAAAUUGGAGAACGAACUACAAACGCAGAUUAAAUUGUGUAAUAUGUUGACUAAAGAAUGCGAAGAUUUGAAAAGUAAAAUAAUUGAAUUGGAAAAAGAUCUGGUAUAUGAAAAAAGAAGAAAGGAGGAUCAUAUAAAAAAGAUACAUUUAGAGAUAGAAAGAACGAAAGAAGAAGCAUUGCACGAACUACGAAAUGCUCAUCCGAAUAAAGAAAUAAGUUUUCUUCUGCCUGAUCAUUGUUCUGAACAUUUAGAAAAAAUUAACCAGUUGGAGGAAGAUUGCAAGCGUUUAGAAGAGAAGCUUCAAAUUGCUGUGCAAGAACAAAAGAAAUUAUCUGAGUAUCAAAUCGAUUUAGACGACGCCAAAUUGAAAAUAGCGCAAAUGGAAAUUACUCAGGAAUCAUGGAAAAAGAAAUAUGAGAAAGUUGCCAUUGAGAGAAAGGAUCUUCUUGCUAAAGUUUCCAAAUUAGAUUUGGAACUGUUAAAUUUGAAACGCACGGCGAAACUGGAAGACUCAGAUGAUGUAAAAUUAAAAAUUGCUCGGUUUCAAGAGGAAAACGAGACACUGAAAAGUCAAUGUGACAGUCUACUUAGCGAGAAAAACAAUUCUAAAGAGAAGAUUUCCAAAUUGGAAACGGAGCUCUUUGACAUGAAGAAAAAAGUUAGCAAUUUUGAAGAAAGGUUACGGAAAAGCGGCGAAGGUACGGUAAAUUCGAAGAGUGAAUUGGAAAAGGAACUCUUUCGUUACAAAGAUUUAGUCGCACAAUUGUCUAAGCUAAAUAACUCGAAAGAAGGACGCACAAAUGAAUCAGCGGCGUUAGAACAGAGGCUACAGCAGUUCGAGCAUGAAUUACGAAACAAGGACGAAGAACUGAAUAGACUAUUGAGAGAUUUUGAAAUGAUAAAAGGUGAAAGAGAUCAGCUGGUGAUAAAAUUGCGAAAUCAGGCAAAGCAUUUUGAGCAAUAUGUCAAGAGUCAGAAUAAAGUGUCUGCGGAAUUGAAUUUGUCACCUCGCAGUACAGGCGACAGCACGGACUUCCAGAAGAUGAAGGAAAUUAUGGCGAAAGAGGUGCGGGAAGAAAUGGAGCAAAGAGUAGCGAAGGAGCUCCGAGAAAUCGGAGAGCAGAACAGAAAGGAGCUCCAGGAAGAGUUAAAGGGGAAGUACAAAACUACUGUAUUAGAAUUGCAAAAAAAGUGCAGCGAGAAGGAUCAGGAGAUGAAAAUUCUGCGAGAUGGGAUAACAGCGGAAAAGAUCAAAAUGGUCAAUCGAAUCAGUCAAAUCAUAAAAAGCAAAUUAGAAAUCUGCAACCAACAGUUGCAAGCGCAAAAGCAACACAUCGAAAAGUUGCAGAUGGAUUUGAAGAAGAAAGAGAAUGACGUUGAGGAAGAUAGAAAUUAUAUGGCUGAGAUAAUGAUCAAAUGGGCCGCUGAAUUAAAAGAGAGCAAAGAUAAGGAAAAAGAGAAAGAUGAGAUGAUACAGAAACUGAAAUCAAUCGAGGCAAAACUGAACAGCGAGAUCAAGCAAUUGUUGGAUAAACAGAAGCAUGUGAAGAACAAAUAUCGAAAGGCAAGACAGACCGCGAAUAAUUACAAAGAUUAUGCGGAGAAGAAUCGAGAGUUUCUGUCGCGCGAGUGUAAACGUAUUGAGGAAGGAUACAAAAAAGCUAUUCAAGAAGCACAACAGCGCUGUCUGGCGCACGAUGAACAGUACGCUACAAAAGCCAAGAAACUUGAGCAUCAGUAUGCAGAACAAAAGGAACAAAUGCGACUUACACUGAAGUACAAAGAUAAAUGUUGAAGUACGUAUGUACUAAGUAUUCUUUAAAUGUAUGCAAUAUAGCUUUCCUCCGGCUAAGAUAAAGUGGUAGUUACAGAGGCUAGAUACCUUCUUUGUCUUUAAUUUAAAGCACAUUAUUGUACAACUAGUUAAUUAAUGUUUUAUGUUAGGGACCAAUAUACGUGUAAGAUACAAAACAUAAAUACGUGUAUAAAUCAUAUAAUACCGGUAAGAUUAUUACCGCGUUUGCUUGCCAAUCUCGAGUCUCGACUAAGCGGCGGACGUUGAAGUACAAUUAAUCAUAACAUAAUGGUACGCAUAUUAUUAGUCGGUAGGAAGAAAUCGUUUUUACAUUAACUAAUAUAGAGUCUCUAUUCUGGAAAAUUGUUGGGACCGAACUAUUACCCUUUGUUCUCUCUUUCUCAUUCUACAUUAUGCGGUUACAAAUAUAUGAAAAUCAAUACAAGGAAAUUUCGAUUUAUAGAGAGAAUUUUGAAUUACGAUUUUUCCAGAGUGGAGAGAGAUCCGCAAUAAAAGGGAAUAGAAUAGAGGUGUUUUAUUGUACACAUCACAAUUUAAAUUGUCUGCAACUUAAGGCGAAAUGGUACAUAAGCUCGCGAACAAAGGGGAAAGCUUUAGUCACGUGUUUCCACUGAGCAUUAUUAUGACAUAUUAUAUACAAGACUGGAUCUCUCUAUCGGAUCUUUCUCUCUUUCCUCUUACAGAAGUAAGCGCUCUAUAAAGAGAGAAAAUCAAAACGUAGAUUUUAAGGAAAAUUUCAAUUUUCGUUUCUCCUCCCUUCUCUCUUCCCGCGUAGCAAACUAAAAAUUCUCGCUGCUUGUUCAACAUUUAUUCUCACGAGAAUUCAAUAUUUGUUUAUAUUUGUGCAUAUUGCGCUAGGAAGAAUACGAAUAAUAUCGAGAUUGUAAAUAUGACUCUUACAAAACCUCAGAACUUGUUUCAUAUAUGACAUGUCUCUUAUAAGUAGACAAUAUACAGAUUGUAUUAAACAUUUUUUUAACAUGUUAAACAGCAGGACUGAAUAACAAAGAUCUAUGUUAUUUUUCAUCUUAAAUGUGUCUUUAAAAGUACAUUUAAAUCUUAACAAUUAGAUCUGAAAUAUAUAUUCGUAUCUUUUUUACUGAAAAUAUGACAAAACAUCUAAUUCUUGAAGCAAAUGAAUAAGACAACAAAAUCGAAUCGAAUCUCCUUCUCCGUUUCUUUUUCUUUCCUUCUCUCUCUAUCUCUCAGUUUACUUAUUUUAUUACGCAAUUGUGUGCAAUCUCAGAGAAUGGCCAAUUACGUAUCGGCUUAUAAGAAUCGCAGAAUAUAUAAUAUAAAUUCCCACACACACACACACACACACACACACACACACACACACACACACACACACACACACACACACACACACACACACACACACACACACACACACACACACACACACACACACACACUCACACACACACACACACACACACACACACACACACACACACACACACACACACACACACUACACGCACGCACGCACGCACGCACACCUCAUAAACAUAACAAAUAAAUCUCUGUGUAUAUCUCUUAGAAGAUCUUGGUAAGAUUAUACUGGCAUCGAUGCAUCGUAUGUCGUAUGUUUAAUUAAGUAAACAUUAGUUUGACCAGUGUCGUCACUGGAUAUAGAGAAGUAUUAUUAAUAUUAGUUAUUGUAUUUUUGUAUGUAGAGUGAAUUAAUUUAUUUUUUGUAAUAAAGAAUUUAUGUCGCUGUCGAAA